ACUUGAUUGGGCGUAUUUGUGCAUAUUAGUCGACAAGCUGACUUCAUGCUCUCAACAAAGGAUUUCAAGCGCUAGCAUGCAUCGGCUUUAUCACAAUGAAACGCAGCUAGCCUCUAAGCAGCCAAGGUUAAGUUGUUUUGUUUUGAAAUACAAUCCGUGUUUUGCACAGCCUCGUAAUGAAAUGUCUUCUGUUUUAAAUUAGCUAUCAUUUGAACGUCCCCUCGUGUAGCAGACGCUGAGCGUCGGUUAACCGUACGAGCGCAGAUAAAGGUGAAAGUUCAAACACCGACCUGCGCCUGCUGCUUUUUAUUGUGUGAUCUGUUCGGGCUCAUUGGAGUUGUAAAGGUUGCGUGCCUCAUUUAAGCGAUCAUCCCUUGUCAGUUAGCGUUAGUAAUACAUAUUAGGUCGCUUUGCAAAUGGAAUCCGGACUUUGAAGGCCCUCCAAACCAUUGUGUAGUCGCGUCUGAUGGAGGUUUAGCAGCUGUGAUGCAUUUGAACCACACAUUUUUCCCAAUGCCGUCACUGCUGUUUAUCUAUUGUUUAGUAUUAAUGACAACACAAAUAACAUUGGUCCUCGGACAUAAUAAAAUGAUUGACGUUGAAAUACAAGGUGUUUCUAUGCGUUAUUGGACAGAUAUAACUGUUUACCUCCGUCAAUAUCAGUACUUGCCAUUGUCUUCUAGUGUAGACUGAUGGUCACACGACAGUUCAGUAUGAGCUGGGGAGAGCAGACCACACGAGUGGAAAGAAAGCAGUGAGAACAGCUGAUGUCAGGGAGAGACUUUUCUUUUUUUUUAGGGUAGGUCUCAAAUAUUUUCUCACCUUCAGUUCCGUGGUAAAUUUGUUAUCUGUUACUUUGUCAUAUCAGUUAAUUUUAUUUUUCUGGUCUUUAGGGAGCCAGAACUUGUUUGGGAAAAUGUUGACCAAUGUCUUGCAUGUAAAUUCAGUCUGUUUUGUUACAGAUGAAAAUUAAAAUCUGCUGUGUUUUAUUACCAAUGACUGAAAUAAUUAUAGUUUUUAUUCAUCAAGACGAGUUUAGGUUUUUUCCAGCUUCGACUCUUUUAUGUGGAUUUGCUUUUGGAUUUAUGUUGGUCUGCCUAAUUUUGCACUGUUUGAAUAGAGUAUUUCUGUAUUGUUUUUAAAUAAUCUCUUUAUAUUUUAUCCAAUUUGAUCAUAGUCACAAAUGAUGAAACAUUUAAUUUUCAGCAAUAUAAUAUAACUUUUAAUGCUGUUGAACAUUCAUUACACUGUAUUUUUAAGUUUCAGACUUGGAUCCAAGGUCUUCUGGCAGUUUUCUCAAUCAUUUACUACUCUCAUGGCUGCAUCCCAGAUUUAGAGAUUACGUUUGUCUAGAAUAAAAACAGCGGAUUUGGAUGGACUGAGUUUUGGAUUGUCACUAGGACCACCUCCAGAGCUCCGUGCAAAAAAAGGUGAUCCUAAAGUCUCCGAGUGCCCCCCCUUUUGUGUCAGCAGUGUCGCCAACUAAACCACCAUGUCUGACGGCCGGAUCUAUGUGGGGAAUCUUCCAAUGGACGUCCAGGAGCGGGACAUUGAGGAUCUCUUCUACAAAUAUGGAAAAAUCCGUGAUAUUGAAUUGAAGAACAAUAGAGGCACUAUCCCUUUUGCCUUUGUUCGAUUUGAGGAUCCACGGGAUGCAGAUGAUGCAGUCUAUGGAAGGAAUGGAUAUGAAUAUGGAGAUUCCAAGCUGCGUGUGGAAUAUCCUCGAUCCUCUGCUGCUAAACCCGGUCCAAUGGGAGGUGGCGGACCACCACAAAGAGGAAGGUUUGGCCCACCAACUCGAAGAUCUGAAUUCCGGGUCAUAGUCACUGGUUUACCGCAGUCAGGGAGCUGGCAGGAUCUGAAGGAUCACAUGCGCGAAGCAGGAGACGUUUGCUUUGCUGACGUGCAGCGAGAUGGAGAAGGGGUGGUGGAGUUCCUCCGCAGAGAGGACAUGGAGUACGCCUUACGCAGGCUGGAUCGCACCGAGUUUCGUUCACAUCAAGGCGAGACUUCCUUCAUCCGGGUGUUUGACGAGAGAGGCACUCCCAACUGGGGUCGUUCCCGUUCUCGCUCCCGAUCCAGAGGCCGCUACUCCCCUCCCUACAGAGGAUCGCCCCCGUCUCGCUACCAGUCACCCCCACGCCAUCCGAUGUCGCGCCAUAGCCCUCCCCCCAGGAGGCAUCCUCCGCCGCUCAGCCCACCGCGUCAUUACCGAUAGAGAGGCUCAUCAUCAGCGAGGAAUCAGAUUAAAUGUUUUCUAAAUCUCCUGCUUUUUUUUUUUUGUUUUUUUUGUUUUUUUGUUUUUUUGUUUUUUUGUUUUUUUGUCUUUUUUUUGGUUUGUUUUUUUUAAGCCCAGGCCUCCCCUGCGGACACUAUCUUGAAUUUUACAUUCCAUUGUCAGGAACCCCCACUUCUCCCCAGAGCCUUAAAAAAAAUUGUGCUAGUUAUCUGGAUUUGUUUUUGUUCAUCGCAUCGAGACACGUCUGAACAUUGUAGCAUGUUGGAGUUUUCUUUUAUAAAGAACCCCUGGGUUUAGGUGACAUUGAUAGGAACCAUUGCAUACAGUUGUUAUACCGUCAGCUACAGAAGAGCUUUUAAGCCGAACAUCAUAAUCCUCACUUUAUAAUACAGAAUUUUCUUUUUAGUCACAUUUCACAGCUUGUCAUUGUUUUGUUUUUUUUGUUUUGUUUUUUUUGAGCUUUGAUUAAGUAUGUAGUCUUUGCAAAACUGAAAAUCUGUGAAGCUAAUUAGUAUUGUAAAGCUGGCAAACCUUUUUAAAAUACAUGUCAACUGUGAGCCUCACCUUUUGUGUGAACAGUUUACCAAGGUGGCCUGUUGGCGAAAUGUGGUUUUUGGUUGUUGUUUUUUUUUUUUCCCCCUUUACCAAUAAACUGCAAAUCUUCA